AUUCGAUGUUCGUCCAUCUCUAGCACAUUCUUUCGCGGAAAAUGCAAGCUUCGGUGGAAAAAAGCUAAGUACGAAAAAGAUUAAAUAGUUUCCACGAAUCCAAACACUGAAGUCAAAAAUGUGGAAUUUUCUCGAGCCAGUCUCUCUGGACAUAAAUGCCAAUAAAGUGAAUCGUGCUUUAGGCCAUAUCGAGCGCCCAUCCCACCUCAAUGAACUGAACAGCGGUGUGAUCAAUCUAUUGGGUCAACUAAGACUAUAUGAUCGACCAUUUAUUUUACACUUGAACGUGUACAAUUUUAAUAGAGAGAUUGUGCCAGGACAACUGCAGAAGUGGAAGGCUGUGGCAAUUGGAGCUGAUUUGAUAGAUGCAUCGUGCUUCCGCAUUCUAUAUCUGCGGGUGGCGCCGACCGAGGUGCAACGUAUCGGACGUGUCGUAAUCCAAAAGUCCCUGGCAAAAGUCCUGAAAUUCAUUGAAGCAAAACAGUAUGACAAAUACCUUGUGGCUGUUGUGGCUAGGGGCAAUGCUGAAAAUGAGCUAGCUAUGGUGCACGCCCAUCAGAAAUACCCAACUCUAUACAGCAUCCGAUAUUUGUCCUAUGCCUUGAGUGAUCCAUACAUUCACUUGGCCGAUUAUCUACUUCGUAUGUGCAAAGAAACGGAAUUCGUGGAUGGUGAAUGGGAAGGCAAGUUCGAAUUGUCGGAUAUGGACAGGGAAAAUAUUCCAUCAACUCUCAACGGAUUGUACGAGCAACAAAUAGAUGCCCUCAAAGCGGCUGUGCGGCGAAAAUUUGCAGUUGACAAGAAACCAUUCAAUUUGGGCAAGUGCUGGGAAAUGAACAUGACCAGCUUUUUGUUAAAAAAAUGUUUGCGAAUUGCUUGGCGAGCUAAUCCCAUCUCGAUGAUCGACCUAACCACUGCCAUCCCAUUCUUCAGUCGUUUACUUGGGCUAGUGAUAUUAUUGACAGCUCAAUGUUCUAUUUAGUGGAGACAAGUCGCUGAUAAAAUAAAGUACAACAGAUAUCGUACAACCAAA